CUAGUUUUCCAGUCUACCUUCGUCUCUCCUCUCUCAACUACCAUCCACCGACCAAGAAUCUCUCUCCAUCGACAGUCACUUUCCCUCUCCUCUCUGCUAGCAGGGAGGAGAGAGAGGAGAAUUUGAAGGAACAAAAGAGGGAAAAUAAGGCAAGAGUAACAGAAAUGGUGAUGUGGGUAUUUGGAUAUGGCUCCUUGAUCUGGAAUGCGGGCUUUCAAUACGAUCAGAAGCUGGCCGGCUUCAUCAAAGGGUAUCGCCGAGUCUUUUACCAAGUAGGGAGCACGGACCACAGAGGAACCCCAGCGUUCCCUGGUAGAACGGUGACAUUGGAGCUUGCUCCAGAUGAUUUAUGUUGGGGUGUUGCUUACAAAGUUAAUGGACAAGAGGAUGAGAAUAUUGCAUUAUCAUAUCUAGAAGUAAGAGAGAAGCAAUAUGACCAAAAGGUUUAUGUUGAUCUUUUUACUGAUUCAUCCUCUCCAACCCCAGCUGUUAGUGGAGUUAUGGUGUACGUUGCUUCACCAGACACGAAGGCCAACACAAACUAUUUGGGGCCAGCACCAAUUGAAGAUAUAGCCAAGCAAAUUAUUAAAGCAGAGGGGCCAUCUGGAAGAAACAGGGAUUAUCUUUUCCAGCUAGAAGAAGCUCUCAAUCGAUUAGGAUGCUUUGAUAUGCAUGUUAGGGACCUUGCAAAUGCAGUCAGAGAACUCCUCAAAGACAUCAAGGCAGAGUCUGAUAUAUAUUAGGCUGAAGAAGAAAAGAAUGAGGAAUAUUUACAUACAUACCCUCUUAUUUCCUAUGCAUUUACCAAGACCUAAAUGCCUUCUUAUCUUAUUUAUGCAAUACAAAGAUGUAAGAUUGAACAUUUUGGUUUCUAUGCAAGAUUGAA